CAUUAACAUGAAUUUAAGUUCAUAAACCCGACAUUUCAUUUUUGAAUUGUGAAGUAUUAUUUAUAAUUAAUUCAAUAAAUAUCAUUUUUAUAUAAAUUUCUAAUUCCACAUUUUAAAAUCUAUCAAGAUUAUUUAAUAGUUAGCAGUAAUAUAUAAAAAACAUUUUACUUUUUUUUUUCUAAUACAAUUCAAUUCGAUAAUGGCUUUGAAAUCAACAACAAAUAUACUGAAAAAUUUACGAUCCUGUAUGAAAGAUAUCACAUACGUAUCGGAACCACUACAAGCUUAUAUCAUACCUACAAAUGAUGCACAUCAAAGUGAAUACAUUGAUAAAUCGGAUGCACGUCGAGAAUUUGUAUCGGGAUUCACUGGGUCGGCAGGUACUGUUGUUGUCACCGAAACAGAAGCAUUGCUGUGGACGGAUGGACGAUAUUAUUUACAAGCUGAACAAGAAUUAGAUUCAAAUUGGAAAUUAAUGAAGGAAGGGCAACCAUCAACACCAAAAAUUACAGAAUAUUUAUCAAAAACAUUACCACCAAAUUCGUUUGUUGGUGUCGAUGGUUCAUUAUACAAUUAUCGAGAAUAUAGUCCAUUGGAAAAUGAAUUAAGAUUAAAUGGACAUGCAUUAAAAUCAAUAUCUACAAAUCUUGUUGAUUUAAUAUGGACAGACCGACCAGCACCCACAUCAAACAUUGUAUUUCCGUUAACUUUAAAUUAUACAGGACAAAAAUCAUCCGAAAAAUUAGUUAGAAUUGAAAAGAAAAUGAAAGAAAAAAACGCGAAAUUUUUAGUGGUAACAGCAUUGGAUGAAAUUGCCUGGCUAUUAAAUUUACGUGGAUCAGAUAUUAUAUAUAAUCCAGUAUUUGUAUCAUAUGUGAUUAUUCAAAAUAGUCAAAUACAUUUAUUUAUUGAUUCCAAGAAAAUUACACCUGAAGUUAAACAACACUUUAGUAAUGAGAAUAUUGAUGUAGUUUUACACGAUUAUGAUCAAUUCUUUGAUUAUUUGAAAACCAUAGCUCAAGAUCUGUCUAUACAAAAUAGAGGAUGGGUAAGUUCAACAUCAAGUUACAAUGUCGUCAAUUCUGUGGCAGAAAAACAUCGUAUAUUAUCAAUUACUCCAAUACCGGUUAUGAAAGCAAUUAAAAAUGAUGUAGAAAUAGAAGGAAUGAAAGCUGCACAUAUUAGAGACGGUGCUGCAUUGGCAUGUUACUUUAGUUGGUUACAAAAACAAGUGGAAAAUGGUGUUCAAGUUACCGAGACAUCUGGAGCAGCACAAUUAUUAAAAUUUAGACAGCAACAAAAUGAUUUUGUAUCAGAAAGUUUUUCAACAAUUAGUGCAUUUGGUCCACAUGGCUCAAUCAUUCAUUUUGAACCAUCAGAGAAAAAUAAUUUGGUUAUAACAAAUAAAUCAUUAUAUUUAUGUGACUCUGGUGCACAAUAUAAGGAUGGAACCACUGAUUUAACUCGUACCAUGCAUUUUGGAGAACCAACACAAUUCCAAAUUGAUUCUUUUACUCGUGUAUUCAAGGGCCAAGAGUUUUUACGCUCUAGUAUAUUCCCAAAUGAAAUUUUAGGAAAUACGUUAGACAGCUACGCACGUAGAUACUUAUGGGAAGUUGGGUUGGAUUAUGGUCAUGGUACAUCACAUGGUAUUGGAUCAUUUUUAAAUGUACAUGAAGGACCAAUGGGUAUUACAUGGAGAGCAAUGCCUGACGAUCCAGGUUUACAAGAAAAUAUGUUCCUAUCAGACGAACCAGGAUAUUAUCAAGAUAAUGAAUGGGGUAUUCGUAUUGAAGAUAUUGUGCGUGUCGUAAAAGCUUCAACACCAUACAAUCAUCAAAAUCGUGGCUAUUUAACAUUUGAAAAAGUUUCAAUGGUACCAAUACAAACUAAAUUAUUGAACAAAACAUUGUUGACUAAUGCUGAAAUUACUGCCUUGAAUGAGUACCACUAUCAAGUUCUUACUCAAGUUGGUAAAUUAUUAGAUGAACAAGGACAAACUGAAGCAAAAGAAUGGUUAAUCCAUGAAACUGAACCAAUACCCCUCAAUAAAUAAUAAAUGAAAUAUAAUAUAUUAAUUGUUUGUACUAAAAGAUUCAAUUUUAUUCGUAUAAAAAUAAUGAAUAUAAGUUUUUAUGUAUUAUGUUAAGAUCUCAAACGCUCAUCAUUCAAUUUAAUAUAACAAACACCUUGAUAAUGUAAAGGUCAAAGUACCAAAACUUUUGUUACUUUAAUAUAAUGGCUUGGACUUACAAUUUGUAACGCUUAAAUAAAAGAAAAA